AGUUCGUCACCUCAACAGUUACAAUUUAUCCUGUCAACAACUUUUUCGAUAUAUACAAACAUACUUGUACCUUGUUAUUAAUGUUCUGUGUACUGUUACCGGUUAAAUCCAUAUAAGUAACCUAUAUACAUAUUUCUGUUACAUUCCGUAAACUGUCGAGCUUAGCGCAUUAUUUUAAAGUAAAUAUUACAAACAAAGUAUUCAAAAACGAUAAUUAUUAAGACGUAUCGCGAUGAAUUCUCAGAAAGUAUUUAUCUUUGAUGGACCAUACAUAGAAAACAAAUAUAAUCAGUUUUUCAAUCCAAACGUUUGCCAUAUUUGCAAACUGCCCAGCAAAAAGUUGGUAAUGUGUAAUCAGUGCUACAUGAUUUCUUACUGUUCCAACGAGCAUGAGGCGAUACACAGAAACUCACACUCAGAGAUCUGCAAAAUUAUAGCAAAGAUAAUAACACACAAAUCGUUGUGGCUCAGGUAUAGUAGUUUGGGAGAAUGGAUAGAAUCACGCAAAGGAAUUUUACAACAAAUACUGCCUAGUCUGUCACGAUGCAUAUACCAGUACGAAACAGAGAUGAUAAUGUGCGCAAAAUCGUGUUGUGUGUGUUUUCGACAGGCAAACAUAAGGCCCUGCAACAUUUGUUAUUCAGCCAAUUUUUGUAAUGAUCACCAAAUAUUAUUUAGUCUAUUUCAUGAGAAGUACUGCGAUGAUUUGUUACUAUUAUUGAAUAUAAAUAUCACCUAUAUAAGCGGCUGUAUAGAAACAGUUUUACAUCUAGAAAGAUCUUAAAAUUAGAUCCUUCUAUCUCAAUUAUCCACUGGUCAAUGGAUCAACGUAUAUAUUCUGAUUAUGCAUCCGGCCCGCUGACAUUAUAUUAUGCGUUGCAGGAAUCAAAUUUAAUAUCUCCUUUAAGCAUUGCACGUAAAUAUAUCAUUCAUGUUAUGGAUGUAAACAAAAUAGAUAUAAUAUGUUUGAAAAUGUGGCAUAUUUUCUUACAUUUCUUAAAAAAAAUUAAGGAACUGCAUAUUGUAUUUAUAAACUCGCCGAUAUUUGAAUCGAGCGCUCUAGGGUCUGUGUGUUCUGCAUGCGGUCGCUAUAAUCAGAAACUUUAUGUUAAAAGCGUAUCAGAACCGUAUCACGAUUAUGUACGCUUAGAUUCAUAUGAAAAACCGAAUGUGAUCGUACUAUUUGAAACAGAAUGUAUUUCGUAUUCAUGGUUUGAAUCUAUAAAAGAAAUAAUAGCGCAAGAAUGUCCAUUACUUUUAACCGCUGAUUCGGAAAAUACGGUGCAAGAAAAUGUAGACAAAAUACAAGAAGAAACAGGUACGACUAGAAAUCGAUUACAUAGAGAAAAUAAAUUCCGCGGUUAUAUUCCACAUAGAAAUUAUAUAACUGGUGGAUUUUAUUACCGAAACGCGCAUUUUAUUAUGUAUUCUUGAAUUUAAAUCACAUGACCCAGUCAACGGCUGAAGGUUAUGUAUUAUUUGAUCCUAUUUUUAUUUUGGUAUAGUUGAUAUUCAAUUUUUAAUAAUAUUCGAAAAUAAAUUAGAAAUUCCUUACUAUGUGAGGCCUACAUUCAGUCAUAAAUUAAUAAUAUUUUUGUUAAAAUAUAAUUUAAUAAUUUGUCAGUAUAUAGUUUAUUAGUAUAUAGUUUCUCAUCUUUUCAAAAUAUGUAAAAUAUGUUUUAUAUGAGGUAACAGAAUGCUGGCCGUAUAUAUAUAGUAUAUUUAAAUUUUACAAUUUGUCGCAUGUUAUGCUAUAAUUAUAGGCAGUAUUAUAUAGAGCUAUGAUUAUUGUAUACUGAGUUGUAUGUAACUCUCUUGUUAAUCGCUACUUCAUUGUUCGUGUUCUGCAAGUGAUAAGUGAUGAUAAUAAUUUCAUUAAGUUUUAUGUAGAUUAUAUUUUUUAAACUGUACUUUGUAAUCAAUAUUUAUAACUUGCUAACAUCGACUUUUUCAAUUUAAAUUGUCAAAAUAUAUUGUAAAAAUGAAAACAAACCUAGAACUAUUAGAGUCUCUCAAAUUAUCAUCUGUAAUUGUAAAUUAAAUUCAAGUGUAAUUUUAAUCGACAAUAAAAUCUUUUAAUAGUAUAUAUUU